AUGGAUCACCUCAUGAACAGCUUGGAAGUCCAGCUUAAUUCACAAAGUGGUUCAAUGCAGGCGUUCAGACAGGUCACUGGCCCUGUUCAGAUCAGAGAUCCCUCUGUGACAGCACACAGAAGUAAUAUGACUUCUUCCCCACUCCUGGAUGCGAGCCCAAUGGAGCACCCAGCACUGUUUAAUGAUAUCAAGAUCGAGCCUCCAGAGGAGCUCCUGGCUAGUGAUUUCAGCCUGCCCCAGGUGGAACCAGUUGAUCUCUCCUUUCACAAGCCGAAGGCUCCUCUCCAGCCUGCUAGCAUGCUGCAAGCUCCAAUACGGCCUCCCAAGCCACCGUCUGCAGCCCAGGCCAUGGUGGUGCCCACUUCAUCUGACACAGGCCCUUCAGCGGCCAUUCCUACCGUUCUCACACCAGGCCCUAUCCUGGCGUCCUCUCAGGGGACGGCAGGCCAGCCGAUUUUACAUGUGAUUCAUACCAUUCCCUCAGUCAGUUUGCCAAAUAAGAUGGGUGGACUAAAGACAAUCCCACUGGUGGUGCAGUCUUUGCCUAUGGUCUAUACCAGUCUGCCUGCAGACGGGAGUCCUGCAGCUAUUACUGUCCCACUCAUUGGAGGGGACGGCAAAAAUGCUGGGUCAGUCAAAGUUGACCCCACCUCCAUGUCUCCACUGGAGUUUCCAAGUGAUAGCGAUGAGAGUGCCAUUGAGAGUGGAUCUUCAGCCUUACAGAGUCUGCAUGGAUUGCAGCAAGAACCAGCAACGCUGGCCCAAAUGCAGGGAGAAGACUCUCUCGACUUAAAGAGAAGACGGAUUCACCAGUGUGACUUUGCCGGAUGCAGCAAAGUGUACACCAAAAGCUCUCACCUGAAAGCUCACCGCAGAAUCCAUACAGGAGAGAAGCCUUACAAAUGCACCUGGGACGGCUGCUCCUGGAAGUUUGCCCGCUCGGAUGAGCUCACUCGCCAUUUCCGUAAGCACACGGGCAUCAAGCCGUUCAGGUGCACAGACUGCAACCGCAGUUUUUCUCGAUCUGACCACUUGUCCCUACACCGCCGGCGUCAUGACACCAUGUGA